GUACUAAAAUAAAUUUUUGCAUUAUUUUCCUUUGUACACGCACUAACAGGGAUUUAUUCUUGGAGUAUUUGGUCGACACGUUAGAUUGAGUUUGAUGCUCCAAAAUUUCUUUGGAAUCAAACAAAUUUAUGAUUUGAAGUUGACACAUCUCUAUAUGAUUGAGAUUCUUGCAUGUAUGUGUAACCAUAUUUCAACAUUAAAAGUUCAAUCUCUUUGGGAUUACGGAGUGGUUGACGCGAUGUUUGAAGCUACCAAGCAGGGCAUUGUUAAAUUCGUCGUUGAGCUAUUGAAAGUAACCCAACCACUCGUUUUCCAUAAUGAUGGUGGCAGACACGUUUUCAUGAUAGCAAUCCAAUAUCGUCAAGAAAACAUUUUCAGCCUCCUAUAUGGGAUUAAUGAGGGAUGGAAAGCCCAUAUUCUUAAUCAGACAGAUAAUUACAGGAAUAAUAUGUUACAUGUGGCAGGGGAGAUAGCUCCUCCCUCCCAACUUGCCCGAAUCUCCAGCCCUGCAUUGCAUAUGCAAAGAGAAGUACAAUGGUUUAAGGAGGUGGAAAGAAUUGUUCCAGAAUGGUGCAAAAAAUCUAAAAAUAGCAAUGGUGAAACCCCUUAUGAAGUAUUUUCAAAGAGCCAUAAAGAGUUAGUGAACGAGGGGGAAAAAUGGAUGAGGGACAUGGCAAAUUCUUUUAUUGUUGUUGGUACUCUCAUUAUUACGAUCACGUUUGCUGCAGCCAUUACUUUUCCAGGCGGCAAUGCUCCAAAUGGGUUUCCCAAUUUUUUACAGAAAAGAUCAUUUAUGAUAUUUAUAAUGUUUGAUGCGAUUUCCUUCUUUACUGCAUCAGUUUCAGUCUUAAUGUUUAUGGGAAUCCUAGCAUCGCGCUUCGACCCGGUAGAUUUUCUCGAGUCCUUACCCAAGAAGUUGAUCAUGUUCCUCUCCACUAUUCUUAUUUCUAUUGCAGCAAUGGCGGUUAGCUUUUCUGCUGCUCUUUGGAAUAUACUGCAAGAUCGAUUGUGGUUAAUUAUUCCCCUAAUUAUGAUGGCUAGCAUUCCGGUUACAGUUUUUGUAUGGUUGCAGUUUCCCCUCCUUGUUGAAAUUUGGUCUUUGACAAAUGCUACGGGAAUAUCUUUUGACAGAAAAAUGAAGCCUUUGCUGUAGUGGAGAUCAAGUUGAUCGAUUUUUUUGGAGCAUAAGCGAGCAGUUCCCCUUCAAGUUGAAAUCCUUUAGCUUGUUCUUUGGUUAUGUAUGUUGGAACUUCUAAUUUCCCUGUUCUAUUUGGUUGGAUUAUCAGAUUUUUUGCUUUUAAUUAUGAGACUCUGGUCUAUAUAUCUUCUCAUUGUGUAAAAAUAAUAUUAAUCAUCUAUG